AUGUUAAGCUCCUCCGAAACCCGACGACGCAGGAAGGACGUAGACCGGGACCGCAGCAGCCCAAAGAGCAAGGAAAGGGAUGCGGACGAGAAAAAAGAGCGACACAGAAAGAGCAAAUCGUCCCGGUCAUCACGAAAACCUAGCUCCAUCACCUCAACCGGCGAACGUGGUGACGGAGAGCAUCUUCGCGAACACCCCUCUAGAGAGCGCAUCCGGUCGCCUUCGUCCACCCCACAGACACCGACCAAACACCGAAUGUGCGUUGUACCAGAAAUGGAGCGGAGAGGCUCGCUGGGAGGCUCCCUGAGCUCUAGAAAUGGCUCACGCUCGAGCCUAUCCGCAUACCCUUCGCUCAACAAGUCAUACGCCAAGGAAAACAUCUACGCUCGGGAGGACAUUGGGGAUAGGAGGAAAUCGCCUCUCACACCUGAGGCGACCGACGUUGGCGAUGAUGGAGAUGGCAAAGAUAGGGCGGAAGGUUCGGAGAAGAAGCAUGUACGUGCUUCGCCGGCCAAAGCCCCGCCCAGCCCUCCCCUGACCGCAACCACUGGGGCGGAUUUGAGGAAAACGGCCAGUGCCAACAGUAUGAGGAGGAAAACAACGGACACGAUGCGGCCUGGCAGUGAGAUGGAGCGAGGACGGCGCAGCGUUGAUAGCGGCACACGCCUCACUCGUGAUGCCUCUGGAGCUGGCUUUGGUGCCUCUCGGUCUAGUCUUCGUCAAGAUGAUACGGGAACCUAUGGGACUGACCUCACCUCGAGGACUGGUAGUUCGCAUCCCAGCACCGUGAAACAGGCUGCUUCAGGUGGCAGAGGUGCCAGCCUCGAAACUCCAACCGCACCGCCUGGCCGCUCCCCUGAUCUCCCCAAGUCCGAGCAUCGUGAUCAGGUGUCUGGAGAUGCUGCUGCUCCCGCACCGAGCAGGUCACGUCAGGCUUCCGAGUUGACGCAGACUACAGACUCGGACGCUACCAGCGUCGCGCUAGGCCCAGGGGGAACGCGAUUGCACCGCGUGCCGUCACCCAUAAAUUCGGACGCCUCCCCCGCAUCCGUUGUCGAUUCCUCUCCCCUCACUCCCACUCAGCAUUCUGUUCUGCCCUCGGUGAUCGCUGCACAGAAGGAAAGGCCGCCCACGGUGGAGAUUUUUGCAGACACUGCUUCUCGCUCGCAGUCAGUCAACCCGGAGCACAGUGACGCGUCUUUUCCGCCUCCUCCUCCUCCACCGCCUCCACCACCUCCGCCUCCCGUCCUGAACUCCCUCGCCCCACGCGUGGAUUACCUACUUCCCAACGGCGGUCUUCCUCGUCCAGUUGUGCGCCACCCUCUUGCAGCCAUUGGUGGCGGCGAGGCCGUGGAAUACUCAAGCUACGCAUCACCACGACCCAACGAGCAGCUCGAUCUGAGAGCCCGACUCCUCUUCAGGGAACUUCAGGACGUCUUUGACGCCUACAACACCGUCCUCGACCGCGGCGGCUCCUUGGCAAUGGCAACAGGCUACUAUUCGGUUGCUCGCCGUCUGCUCGACCGCUUGGAGCACGUCUUCGCCAGAGACAUCUCUGCCGAGUUCUGCUCAUGCCUCAUGUGUGCGGACAACCCCAAUGGCCAUGUACGUGGCGAUGAUACGGCUGGAGUCAACUGGGGAAGAGUUCUGGAGUUCGUGUCUGGCCGCCUCGACCUUCCCCACUGGCCGCCCAUUGACAACCACAAUACGGCGGAUGCGCUUGGGAUAUCCAGCCUUCAAACUCCUUGUCAAGAGAUCGAUGUCGACGUGCCCGAGGAGUACCGCGCUCAGUAUGCACGUCAAUCCCGCAAGACCAAAACGCUCGUCCAAUCCUGGCUACAGGAUCAGCAGGAAUCCGCGCCGGAUGAGGUCGACGACGAGACUCUCACGUUCGCAAUGAUGACCCGCCUCGAGCCCGAGCUGAGGCCCAUGUUCCAUGCGCUCUUGUGUGGACUUGGUCAUGUCCCUUCCGCCGUCCCCCAACAACUUCCCACGCAGACUCAUGGCAGCUCCCCCCUCCUGAACAAGUCCGCCAUCGCGCUUCAGCGCCUUUACCGCCUGUCUACGCGUCCCCGAGACCAGCUGGUGGUUAUGUACCUGAUCCGCAACCCGGACAUGCAUGACGUCCUGGCUACCAUCGCUGCGAUUCGAACUCACGAAUGGGACUUGUUGGUAUCUGGUCGCUUCGAUGGCUUUAUCACCGCCAGCGACGAGUUUGGCGCCGACAGCACCACGCAGUACACUGCCGGCUCGAGCGACACCACCGCACCUCCCGUCCCGCCUACUCCAUUCAACUCCGUCGCCUCGCGCCCUGGUUCUACGCGUCCUGGCUCGAGGCCUGCCCCUAUUCAAUUGGAUCAGGAGACUGAGAGUGCCAUCCUGUCGGAGGUUGAGAGGAAUAUCUACCACACCAUGGACAUCCUGGAGAACGUUUUCGAGCACAUGCACAUCCAGGCGGAGGCCAUUAGGGCGAAACUCAGGACUCGUAAUUCCAACAUCCUCAUGGCAGAGAGCGCUCGUCGUGGAGGACCAGGAAUCGAGGUUCGUAUCGCUACACCGGCUGCGGAUCUCGACGCAGACAAUCUCGAUGACUUACGCAGCGACAUUGGACCCGACGACUCUGCCAGCAAUGUGAGCCACAAUCGUCGGCGUGCCCACCGUCACCGCGUCCGUCGCACACCAGCUCCAGUUGAGGAGGAGCCCGAGGAGGAGUUUCCUUCUCUGGCUGAGCGUGUCCGACGCCGUUUCUAG